CCCACUCCCCCCCGAGACCGCCUGGUGGAUCCGUCCGGAAGUGCCGCCAUUUUGGAUUCUCUGCGCGUAGAGACGGAGAGAGGAGCGUGACCCGGAGACCGCGAGUGGCACAAUUUUGAAUAUCAGGGUCUCCAGAACUCCGGCCACUAGCAGUCCUUUGAAAGUUCAGAGAACGUCAAUGGGGGCUAAGUAGACAGACCAUGGCUUCAUUUAAACUUGAUUUCCUGCCCGAGAUGAUGGUGGAUCAUUGCUCUCUGAAUUCCAGUCCUGUAUCCAAGAAGAUGAACGGAACCAUGGAUCAUCCAGACCAUCCGGAUCCAGAUUCCAUCAAGAUGUUUGUGGGACAGGUUCCUCGCAGCUGGUCAGAAAAAGAGCUGAGGGAACUGUUUGAACAGUACGGUGCAGUCUAUGAAAUUAAUGUCCUGCGAGACAGAAGCCAAACUCCUCCCCAGAGCAAAGGAUGCUGUUUUAUUACUUUCUACUCGCGUAAAGCUGCAUUAGAAGCACAGAACGCUUUGCAUAACAUGAAGAUUCUUCCUGGAAUGCAUCACCCCAUACAAAUGAAGCCAGCUGACAGUGAGAAGAAUAAUGCUGUUGAAGAUAGAAAGUUGUUCAUUGGGAUGGUAUCCAAGAAGUGUAAUGAGAACGACAUCCGGGUCAUGUUCUCUCAGUUUGGGCAGAUAGAAGAAAGCAGAAUCCUGCGGGGACCUGACGGGUUGAGCAGAGGUUGUGCAUUUAUCACAUUUACAAGCAGGUCUAUGGCACAGAUGGCAAUCAAAGCCAUGCACCAAGCACAAACCAUGGAGGGUUGCUCCUCUCCGAUCGUUGUCAAGUUUGCAGACACCCAGAAGGACAAAGAACAGAAGCGAAUGGCACAGCAACUCCAGCAACAAAUGCAGCAGAUUAACGCAGCCUCUGUGUGGGGGAACCUGGCAGGACUUAACAGUCUGGCACCACAAUAUUUAGCACUUUAUUUGCAGCUCCUCCAGCAGACUGCCUCCUCCGGCAACCUCAGCUCCCUGAGUGGCCUCCACCCCAUGGGAGGACUCAGUGCCAUGCAGAUACAGAACUUGGCAGCUUUAGCAGCGGCUGCCAGCGUUGCACAGAAUCCACCAAGUGCAGGCUCGGCACUCACUUCUUCCAGCAGUCCCCUCAGCAUCCUGACCAGUUCUGGCCCAUAUGGAAUGCAUACACAGAAAAAUGAAGACAUAUUUUGUUCAUCCCCUAGUUCCAAUAACAGCUCCUCCAUCAACCCCAUGACCUCUCUUGGAGCACUGCAAACUCUGGCUGGUGCCACAGCUGGGCUCAAUGUUGGUUCUUUAGCAGGUAUGGCUGCUUUAAAUGGUGGUCUUGGUGGCAGUGGUCUCUCCAACGGCACUGGCAGUACAAUGGAGGCCUUGAGUCAAGCUUACUCUGGCAUUCAGCAGUAUGCGGCUGCUGCUCUGCCCUCCCUUUACAACCAGAGCCUGUUAUCACAGCAGGGCCUGGGUGCUGCAGGAAGUCAAAAGGAAGGCCCAGAGGGAGCAAACCUCUUCAUAUACCACUUGCCCCAGGAGUUUGGUGACCAAGACAUCCUGCAAAUGUUCAUGCCGUUUGGAAAUAUCGUGUCCGCCAAAGUUUUCAUUGACAAACAAACAAACCUCAGCAAAUGUUUUGGUUUCGUGAGCUAUGACAAUCCAGUUUCCGCUCAGGCUGCUAUCCAGUCCAUGAACGGCUUUCAGAUUGGUAUGAAGCGUCUGAAAGUUCAGCUUAAACGCUCGAAGAACGACAGCAAACCAUACUGAACUGUACUGCCCUGGGAAGUGAGCGAGGAGGAUGUUCUGAUCCCUUCCUGCCAUUUGUCCAUCAUUGUGCCUCUAAAGCAUGUCGGUGUGGCGUUCAAGUACAUCGUCCAAAUCCUUGUUUCUUCAGCUUCUUUGAUGCUUGAACUCUCACCUCUGAACUUGUGUUGACUUUUUUUGAUGCUAAUGUGUAUUUUUUUACCAUGUUGUGUUUUUGUUUUUUGUUUUUUUGUUUUUUUCUUUUUCUCUGUAUGUUUCUUGCGUGUUGCCAAAUUGGCUUUGCUACAAAGACUGCGAAGAGGGACACAAUAUUUAAAUCUCGCAUUUGAUUAUUAAAAAAAAAAAAAGUUAUAUAAAUCUAUUUUUCUAGAAAUUCAUAAAGUAACCACUUAAUUUUGGGAUGAUACUUUGUACCUAAUCUUUUGAGCAGGCCUAGCUGGCACACUUUGUUUAAUGUUUUUUUUUGUUUUUUGUUUUUUUGUGUGUGUUUGUACCAACCAAAUUCAAUCUAUAUCUCCUCUCUACUUGAGCUAGUUGGGGGGAGUUAGGGUAGGGGGCUAUAUUUUGGGGUUUUAUUUUUUAACUAAACGUUGUCAUUGGAAUCGCAUAGGUAUCACAUUUUGCUGUCUACAAAUGGAAAUGGCUUUUUGUGUUUUUGGAAAUUAUUAUUAUUUUUUAAGUAUGGAGUGUUGUAACUCUUCAUAUUUUGUAGUAAAGUCUGUGCGCCCUCCCCCCACACACACAUACAUGCAUACCCAAAACUACCCAGAUCUUGUGUGUAGCCCAGCAGAUCUGCCCAAUUUUUUUUUAAUUUGGGGUGCUGUCUCUUUCUUAUUAAAUAAGCCAUCUCUUCAGCAAAAUGUGACCAGUUUUGAUUUCUCAUUAAACUAAUUGUGCCAAAAAAAAAAAAAGAAUAUAUAUAAUUAUGCCUUGUCCUCUACAUGUCUGUAUUUCAUUGCUGCUCAGAGUAUAGAACCACCCCUCCAGGGGGGGCGGUCAGGAUCACUGAGCUUCGUUUAUUUUUCUGUUUUAGAGGUAAAAUGCAAAGCAGGGGUGUAAAACAUCAUCUUUUUAAAUAGUUUGUGUUGUGUCCUUUUAAUUUCGUAUUUUUCUUGUUUGAAUAGAUGUGCAGUACAAGGUAUUUCUGCUGCGUGCUCAGACUGUGCUGCGCCUUCUUACCCCCGAACUGACAGGGUGAUUGCACCAAUCAGUGGUCCGUAGCGGCCAGUGCUGACCCUGACCCUAUUUCAUGAGGAUUACCUCUUGCGCAGAAGGCGGUUUAUAAUAAUCGCCGUGGCACGUCAGUAGGGAGAUCCUCUUGAUUCGUAGCGUAAACAAAUUGGACAAGGAAAAUGCAACUUUCUGACAUGAUGUAUUGCAAGAAUCUGGCUCUUUAAUACGCACUGGUAGUUAAAACUGUUCACUGUUGCUGUAUGUACACCCACCCAAUGGUAUCCAGUUACAGGCUGAGCCAGCUGUUAUAUUGCUUCCGUCUUGAAGCAUUCUGGGAUUGAGAGCCACUGAAGCUUUCCCAAGUCCUGUGGAGCAGUUCAUUUGUAAGAUAACUCUUCAUGCUCCCUCUUCUGGUGCCUUUUGUCCACAGGGUAUAACCCAAGCUCCCUUAAAAGCAAAGUGCGUGCCCUAGGGUUAUGCCGUUAAGCUCUUUUUUUCUUCUUCUUUGUAUUUGGAGGUAGGAAUCGCCCAGCGCAGUCUCAGCACACAGCUCCAUGCAGGGCUGAGCAGUGUAUAAGCUCGCUCAGAAGGGAGUGACUCCUUCUCUUCCUCACAACCUACGUCUCAAUUCAGCCUACGUCUCAAUUGAGAAGCUCUUAAUAAAAAAAAAAAAAGAGAGAACGUCCUCUCCGGAUCAAACAAAAUGCCAAAAUGGCUUUCUUCUGACUACUUUUUAAACAACAAAGAGAAUUAAAAAAAAAAAAAAAAAAGUUCUGUGGUGAUUUUAUGCAUUGCCAUAAUGUUACCUCCGCCUUCCUAAUAUCUGCCUGCUUUUUGUGAAUAAUUCUAUAUAAAGUAAAAAAAAAAAAAGAAAAAAAAAAUCUUUUUGAGACAAACCUGUGGGCUUUUAUAUUGGUACAAACUGAUUGUAGUUAACACUAGGAUUUUGUACAGUUUUUUGCCUUUUUCUACUAGAAAACAAUGUUAAGUGAUUUAUUUCACAAUGUGAAGUCAAGAAAAAACAAAAACAAAGUUGCCACUAUUUGACCAAGUUGUCCUUCUGUGCUGCCGUGAACAGGACUCAUGAAAUCUUCACUUUCCCUUCCUCACAGAUGCUUUUCUUAAUUGUCUUGAAUUUGUUUUAAUUUUAUUUUGUUUCCUUGAUUUGCAAAGCAAAGUUUAGUUUGUGGGUUUUUUUUUUUUUUUCUGUGUGAAAUUGUGUUGUAAAAUGUAGAAAAUAUGAAUUUUCUUUAAUGGUUUAAAGAGGAAAAAAUAAAAAAAUAAAAAUAAAGGUAACCACUACUGCAUAGCUGAUCGCUGAGUUUGUGGAUUAAAAAGAAAUCUAAGUUUGAAGCCAGCGUGUCUGUUAAAUUGAUUAACCCUUUGUAACCUUUACGUUCUUAUCCCUCCCCACCCUGGGUAUUUACCAAUGUUUUAAUUGUGCACACACAAACACACACAACGUUCUGACUAGAAGUCAUUUUGUAAACAAAGUGUGGUACCUUUCUUUGUUUGUUUGCCAUUAAAUUGUUUGAGAAGA